UAUUGAGCUGCGAAUAAGGAAGUGUACAGUGUCGCUGACCUUUGUGUUGUCACACAUGCGCGCGCACACACCUGCAACAGACGGCAGUAGCAGCAGACAGGUGGGCAGGCGGCCCGAGACACCUAAAAAAAAAAAAAAAAAUUGCUGAACAACCUCUUUGGAAAUUCUUUUCAGAAUGCCAACAGACAAUGUUUGACCUGCGCUUAAACCGACUCGCUCGAGGCUCACCGAAGAUCCCAAUGCAUUUGUAAUAUGGAUUUCUUGUGAUUUCCCGUGACUGUCACUUAGAACACCAACAAAAAAACAAAAACAAAAGAAGGGAGGAAUUCCGCCUUUGUCAGCUCUUCUGGUUCCUGUCGGGGCUUUCACUAUUUGGUGAAAGGAGCGACAAAAAGGAAGGAAGAGUGAAAGACAACGGUAGGCAGACUCGCACAGAGCCACAGCGAGGAGGGCAGUGUCGAGACCUGCUCACACGCGUUUGGGGACAGCAGAGAGGAAGACGUUUUUGUUUGCGUUCCCGCCGGGUCGCGCACGCAAAGCUGAGCCAGGAGGGAAUCAAAAGAAAAACAGGUGCCAGGCCUCCUGUCCGGCCUUCACUCUUGUCGCCGUCUGACCGAGACGCUGUGACGGCGCCAACAUGGUUCGGUGGUUCCACAGAGACAUCACAGGCCUGCAGGCCGAAGACUUGCUGAAGACUCAGGGCAUCGCCGGCAGCUUUCUGGCCCGACCCAGCAAAAAGAACGUGGGCGACUUCUCUCUAUCUGUCAGGGUGGGCGAGCAGGUGACCCACAUCCGCAUCCAAAACACGGGGGACUACUACGACCUCUACGGCGGGGAGAAGUUUGCCACGCUGUCCGAACUGGUGGAGUACUACACGGCCGACAGCGGCAUCCUGCAGGACAAGGACGGCACCGUCAUCGAGCUCAAAUACCCGCUCAACUGCUCCGACCCCACCACCGAGAGGCCCGCGUGCCCGCGAGCGCGCAGGUGGUUCCACAGAGACAUCACAGGCCUGCAGGCCGAAGACUUGCUGAAGACUCAGGGCAUCGCCGGCAGCUUUCUGGCCCGACCCAGCAAAAAGAACGUGGGCGACUUCUCUCUAUCUGUCAGGGUGGGCGAGCAGGUGACCCACAUCCGCAUCCAAAACACGGGGGACUACUACGACCUCUACGGCGGGGAGAAGUUUGCCACGCUGUCCGAACUGGUGGAGUACUACACGGCCGACAGCGGCAUCCUGCAGGACAAGGACGGCACCGUCAUCGAGCUCAAAUACCCGCUCAACUGCUCCGACCCCACCACCGAGAGGUGGUAUCACGGCCACCUGUCGGGUCCAAACGCGGAGAAGAUGCUGAUCGCUCGCGACGAGUCGGGCACCUUCCUGGUCAGAGAGUCGCUUUCCAAACCGGGAGAUUUUGUCCUGUCGGUUCUGACGGACGAGCGCGGCAAAACGGGCGCGAGGAGAGUUUCUCACAUCAAGAUCAUGUGUCAGAAUGAGCGGUACACCGUGGGAGGCUUGGACAUGUUCGACACGCUCAGCGACUUGGUGGACUUCUACAAACGGAAAGGCAUCGAGGAGAUUUCGGGGAACUGGGUGCACCUCAAACAACCAUAUUACUCCACCAGAGUGAACGCGGCCGACAUCGACAGCCGAGUGAAAGAAUUGGAUCAGACGACGCUCAUGCAGCAGGAGGCCGAAGGCGGGAAAAUCAAGGCGGGCUUCUGGGAGGAGUUUGAUGCUCUUCAAAAGUUGGAGGCAAAAGUGAAAAAGAGUCGCGAGGAAGGCCAGAGACCAGAGAACAAGUCCAAAAACAGAUACAAGAAUAUUCUUCCUUUCAAUGACACCAGAGUGACCCUGCAGGAUGCCGACCCCAACGUGGUGGGCUCCGAUUACAUCAACGCCAACUACAUGCGAAACACCUUGUGGGAGUCGGAGAAUCCGAAAGUUUACAUUGCCACUCAGGGUUGCCUGGCAACGACGGUCAACGACUUCUGGCAAAUGGUGUGGCAGGAGAACACCAGGGUCAUCGUCAUGACGACGAGGGAGGUGGAAAAAGGGCGGAAUAAAUGUGUGCCGUACUGGCCCGAGAGCCCGGGCACCAAGGAGGUGGGCCGCUACGUGGUGACCUCCAAAUCGGACUGGGAAGCGACCGAUUACAAAGUCCGAGUGUUGGAGGUGGCACCCGUGAACAAGCCCAAGCACUCCCGCACCGUCUGGCACUACCAGUACCUGAGCUGGCCCGACCACGGCGUCCCGCAGGAGCCCGGCGGCGUCCUCAGCUUCCUCACACAAGUCAACGCCAAACAAGCGGAAUAUCCGAAUGCCGGCCCCAUGGUCAUCCACUGCAGCGCUGGAAUUGGUCGGACAGGCACCAUUGUGGUGAUUGACAUGAUCAUUGAGACAAUUGACACAAUAGGUCUAAACUGUGACAUCGACAUCUCCAAGUACAUCCAGAUGGUGCGCGAGCAGCGCUCCGGCAUGGUCCAGACCGAGGCCCAGUACAAGUUCAUCUAUCUGUCCGUUUCCGAGUACAUCCAGACCACCAAGGCCAAAGAUGGCGCCUACAUGGAGCUUGAAACGGAGUACGAAAAUCUGCAGCUCAAACACCCGCCGGGGAGCAGGAGCGUUGCCAAAAGCAAAGAGUCGGAUGUGUACGAGAACCUGAGCAAAGCCAAGAAAGACAAGAAGAAGCCCAAGUCAGACAAGAAAAGUGGCUCGCUAAAGAAAAAAUAAUUUUUUUGGGGGUACAUUCUGAAGUCAUCCUGUGUUAUUUAUGUGGGCCCACUUUCACAACACAAACAUCAAGUCUAAUUUCAGUGCGACGACCAGACCGCAGCGUACUGAUGUGCUGAAAAUGAGUUCAGUACAACUAGAAGCUGCGUGGCUGCAUUUCUACAUGUACUCGACUGUACAACUUUGUGCGGACCAGCUUCUCAAAUCUUCACAUGUACAAUAAAAACGAACAGUUCAAGUCACAAGGAGCCAUUAAA